AAAAGCACACUCCCUGCCCGAGCCGCCUCCGCGAGGUUUGCCAGACUCGUCCCAGGGCCACCGCUGCUCCCGGGAGCGGGCACCGUCGCCAGGCGAGAGACAGAGCGGCCCUCCAGACACCGGCUCGAGCCGCCCACCCCCGGGUGGGUCGGGAGGAGGGGGACCGAGGCCUACAGAAGCACGAUGGCCCUCGUGAACCAUCCUUCAUUCUCUGCCAGUCACUUCAUGUGCCAACUCCCCGUUGCCCACACCUUGGUCUACCGCAGCUGGAUAAUAGCAGCUCUUGCAAACGCAGUGAGGAUCACAUCGACUGGGCCCCAAACCCUACACACUGCAGAAAAUGACGACGUUGACAUUGGCUGCGAAUACAGACUGGAACCCACCGACCUCGGACCGUUAGAUGUUGAAUGGAGCAUCAUGAGCCCUGACACAACCAAAGUGGAUCGAGUUGUCCUGACCUAUGUCCAUGAGGAGGUGUUUGAAUAUCCUUCGCCUGUGUCAGGCAGGUUGUCCUUCCUGGAGGUUGAUCCGAGCCUGGGGAAUGCCUCAGUGAGGCUAACGUCACUGCAAAUCACUGACACCAACACGUUCCAGUGUAAAGUGAAGAAAGCCCCUGGCAUUGAUAGCAGGAAGGUGACGGUUGGAGUUCACGUGCGGCCCCAGAAACCUGAGUGUUGGAUCGAUCGCUCUGGAGAGCAAGGCCAGGAUGUAAGACUGCACUGUGUCAGUCAUUUGGGCUCUCCACCUCUCACCUACUCCUGGUCUAGGAUCAGCAAACCACACGAGGGACUUCCACCGGGGUCUACUGCAGAGAGUUAG